GUAUCGACCAAUGGGACGUCGCACUAUGGCGUUUGAUUUGCAUUUUCAUUAGAUAAUUUGUAUUCUACCAUUUCUCCGGAUGAUUUUUAAAACAAAAAAAAAAAUGUACAGAAAAGUUACAAACCACAAUUUUUUCCCUUCAAAAUGUAAAUGCUAUUAAGCGUUCACUUUCGACCUAUGAGCUGUGAGCCCAAGAGAGGUUGAUGAGUUGACAUCUGACAGUUAUUAGUUAAGUGAUACUGAGAUUUAAAAUUAAAAGAAUUAGGUACCUAUACUUGUGUUUAAUUCCAAGCACCCUCAAAAUGGUUAAAAAUAAAAGUAGCCGAUUGGCGACUCAAAAUAGCAGUGCAACAAAUAAACGCCCUCAAGGAUCAAUUAAAAAAUAUUGUACCGAAAAAAAAAUCAACAAGAAAAAUAACCUUCGCGUUAAACUUAGGAAAAAUGUAAGGGACAAUGAUGUUCAAAAUGCAAUUAAUUCUACUCCAAAUAUUUUAAAUAGUAAAAAUAAUAAAAGAAAAAAAUCUUUGGAAACUGUUGAAAAUAACCUAAUAUUAUAUGAAAUCAAACCAUUAAGUCCUACAAAACUCUCAAUAAGUGUUAAAAAGUUCUACAAUAAUAAUAAAUUCAAACAAUAUGAAGACAGUAUACAUUUAUACAACAAAAAUAAUAAAGUGCAUAUUAAGGAAAUGAUGACUAUUAAUACAAAUAAAAAUGAAGAUAAUAACCAUGUCAAACAUAAAAGUAUUUUGAAAUGUGAAAAAAAAUACUGCAGAACUAAAAAGAAGUUAAGACAUUUUAACUAUCAUAAACCUUAUGAUUUGAAUCCACAACUAAAUAAAGAACAGUAUAAAAAGAAACACACAUAUAAUAAAAAUGAAUCUACAAAAGUUUUUAGUAAAGAGGGUGACUUAGAAAAUGAUGAAGUGCAUUUGAAUUCUUUACAAUCACAAAUAACAAAUGAAACUCAGACAAAUGAAUAUCUUGUUGAAGAAUACCAAGUAACGCAAUCUACAAUUAAUGCUCUCUCAAUAUCUGUUAAGCGAUUUUACAAAAGUAAGACUCCAUCAAAGGAUAAUGAAAAAGUCAUCAAGGAUAUGCCACUUAUUUCUGAUACUGCAUUUAAUUCAAAAGCAGAUUUUAAUCAGUCUCCACUAUCAUCAAAAUUAAAUAGUAGUCAUAAAAUAAGUUUAAAUGUAAAACAUAUAAACGAUACAUCUAACAAUAAGCAACAAAAAGUCACUGCAUUUUUUCCUAUCCGAAGAAGCGCUCGUAAAACAAAAAAUGUAGUCAAUGAAGAAAAACAAUUAGCCUUAGAAAAAGCGAUUGCCUCACAAAAUGAAGAUGGAUUAAAAAUAACUGUAUUUCCUAAUAAAGGUCGUGGCAUAAUAGCAGGUAAAGAUUUUACUCGUGGUGAGUAUGUUGUUGAAUAUUCUGGAGAGUUAAUUUAUGUUCAAGAAGCUCGUAAAAGGGAAGCCAUUUAUUCUCAAGAUACCACCACCGGUUGUUACAUGUAUUAUUUCAAAUAUGGUUCAGCACACUACUGUAUUGAUGCAACACCUGAAAGUUCAAGACUUGGCAGACUUGUAAAUCAUUCAAGAUUUGGUAAUCUUGUACCUAAAAUUGUAGAAGUAGCUGGGCUACCGAGGAUUAUUUUGAUCGCAAAAUCUGAUAUUAAACGGGAUGAAGAAUUAACCUAUGAUUAUGGUGAUCGUAGUAAAGAAUCUCUCAUCAAUCAUCCAUGGCUUGCUUAUUGAUAAUAUAAUUCAUUUUAUCUUAACAUUUUUUUAUUACUAAUAAAUUAAACUUAAAUAAAAAAAAUAAUUUAAAUUUGCACUGCCAAUAAAUUAUAAUAACGUUAAUUAGCUUAAAAGGAUGACAUUUUUUUUUAAAUAUUCACCUAUUGAACAUUUUAUUCGAAUUAUCUUUUAUAAUGUCAAACAUAUGUUAUAUUUUUUUAAGUUCACCUUUUUCAUAUUAAUCUUUUAGGCCAAUUAAAUUAUUUUCUAGUAAAUUGUUGUUAAUUAUUGAUAAAAAAAAAAAUUAACUUAUACUUAAUAAUAUAAUAAGUGAAGGGUCAACAUUCACGUAUUUGUCUGUUUGGAGGGCAGAUUAUUUCUGAUACGAUUUUGAUUUUUGACAGGUAACAGAGUAAUUCUGUCCUUCUCACCGGCAAUCUUACCCCAACAUUUGACCCUCGCUUUGUUAUAAAAAAAAAAAAAAAACUAAGAAUUUGUAUCUUAAUUGGGUCCAGUUCUUAUUAGUUACUGUUACUGCACACAUAAUUAUGAUCUGUUUUCUUGUUUUAAUUAUACAUAUUCAUUGUUCAAUAUUAUAAAUUGCUCAGUUUAAAACAAAAUAUGAUUUUAAUAACUUUAUGCAACAAAUGUUCAUAAUUUUUGUCUCAAUGAUAAUGGUCAUAUUUAAGCGUAAUAUUUAUUGUAUUGGCCUUAUUACUUGAAAUUUUUUAAGCAUAUGAAAUAGCCAUAUUUUUUUACUUGUUAUUUAUAUAAUGUAUACAUUUUACAUUUAUACUAUGUAUAUUUAGAUAAUGAAAACAUUUUCAGUACUUCCGUUUUUACUAAUUAUUUUUAUUAGUUAAUGAAAAAAAAUUGUUCUAUUAAAAAUUUUGAAUAAUAGCCACCUGAUUUUUUGAAACUAAUUAGUUAUUUUCUAUUAUAUAAAAUUUGUUAAAAGUGAAUUAUUUGGUAAGCUUUAACCAAAUAACCUACAUUUCAUUCUUUAAAUGAUUUUAUCAAAAGACUGUACAUUCAUUAAUUUAUUAUUAUUAUUAUUUAUUUAUUGUAUUUUUUUUGAGACUGAAAGGUUCAUUAUCAUAAAUGUGUUGUAGUAUUUAUCUACCAAUGUAUUUUGUUUUUGGUAAAUUAAUAUACAUAAGCUUCCAAACUAUGACAACCAAAGUCAAUUUAAAAAUAUGUACAAUAGUAUUUUGUCAACAAAUUAGUUAAUCUCAUUAAUAUUAUUGUACAUAGCAAUAACUUGUGUUCUAUAUUCAUAUUGUGUUUCAAAUAUAAGUACUGUAAUAAUUUAUGUAGUUUAAGAAAUUGUGUUAUAUUGUUAUUGAUUUUUACCAUUAUGUUCUAUUUUGGACUGUACAAAAUGUCUUGGCGGCAUUAAUCAAGACUUAUAAAUGUUCAUGACAAAACAAAAUAUAUUUGACACUAUGAAAUAUUA